UAAUGCUACGUAAAUAUACAUACAUACUAAACAAGUGCAUGCAUUGUAUGAUCUAUGCAGUUAGCUCUCAAGCGUGUCUAGAUCACAACGUCUAUACAGUGCACCUAGAUAACUAAAUAGUGUCUAAAUUAAUUAAGUUUAACUUUUAAUUUUGAGUUUUAAGAAUGGUGGUGGGCUUCAAAAGAGUUUGGGACUCCAGUUGUCCCCUAAUUUGGGACCAGUGGGUAGAUGACAAUGGGACCACUUGGAUCAUCCAGGAUUUACCCCCAGAGCACGAUGAGGAGGCAAUCAAGAUACUGGUAGAAAAUCUCUGCCCUGAUGAAACCCUGUGUUCUUUUAGCAAAAUCACAGAGGAUCCAGUAUCAAUAAGAAGUAUCAGCGACUUCUGGCGAGGAUACCUGGCACAACGCAUGUCACUGGCCUGUUAUGAAGUGAAGGAUGGCAGAAAGAAACUAGUCGCGUUAAACGUGUGCCUCGUUCAGACGCAGGGUGAAGAAGUUCAUGACAUUGUAGAAGGAAAAGGUUUUAAGAACCUGUAUGCAGCUCUGAAAGUAAUUGAUGAAAAGAUAGAUGCCUUCAAAUACCUAGGCAUGAGCCAGGUCCUGUAUGCCCUGGGACUUGUAGUGUGUCGAGAGUACAGGGGUUCAAGACUCGGUGCCAGGAUCUUGGCUGCGAGAAAGCCCUUAAGUCUCCACCACGGAGUUAAAGCAACAUCUACAGUAUUCACGGGUCCGGCUUCACAGAUCAGUGCCACAAGAGCCGGCUUCACUACCAUUGGAACCGUCUCCAUGAAGGAAUUCUUUGAGCACGGUCUCAACUUCCCCAACGACGACAAUAUCUGUGUCAAAGUCAUGGUUAAACGGUUUGAUGACUAAGGUUUAUAGAAUAAUGUACCUUAUAGUUGUGUUGUUAUAAGAACCAUAUUUAAUUUUCUUUUACCAUUGGAACCGUCACCAUGAAGGAAUUCUUUGAGCACGGUCUCAACUUCCCCGACGAUGACAAUAUCUGUGUUAAAGUCAUGGUUAAACGAUUUGAUGACUAAGG